GCCGCUGGGGCCGUCAGCGUCGGGGCGGCGGCGGAGGCAGAAGACCCAGGUCCGGGCGAGUAGUGGUCAGUCACGCGGGCUUUCCCCAUCCUGCCCCCGCGUCAGGUCACAACCAUGUCAGACAAAAGUGAAUUGAAGGCUGAAUUGGAGCGAAAGAAGCAGCGGUUAGCUCAAAUCAGAGAGGAGAAGAAGAGAAAGGAAGAAGAAAGAAAGAAAAAGGAAACUGAUCAGAAGAAAGAAGCAGUUGCUCCAGUACAGGAAGAAUCCGACCUUGAAAAAAAGAGGCGAGAAGCAGAAGCAUUGCUGCAGAGCAUGGGGCUGACACCGGAAUCUCCUCUGGUCCCUCCUCCUAUGUCUCCAUCCUCCAAAUCUGUGAGUACUCCAAGUGAGGCUGGAAGCCAAGACUCUGGAGAUGGCGCCGUGGGAUCUAGACGAGGACCAAUUAAACUUGGGAUGGCUAAAAUUACACAAGUUGACUUUCCUCCCCGAGAAAUUGUCACAUACACAAAGGAGACUCAGACACCGGUUAUGGCACAGCCAAAAGAAGAUGAAGAAGAAGAUGAUGAUGUUGUAACCCCCAAACCACCCAUUGAACCUGAAGAAGAGAAAACUUUAAAGAAAGAUGAUGAAGAAGAAGUCCCCCCUCAUGAGCUCACUGAAGAGGAAAAACAACAGAUCCUGCACUCUGAAGAGUUUCUAAGUUUCUUUGAUCAUUCCACAAGAAUUGUAGAAAGAGCUCUUUCUGAGCAGAUUAACAUCUUCUUUGACUACAGUGGGAGAGAUUUGGAAGAUAAAGAAGGAGAAAUUCAAGCAGGUGCUAAACUGUCCUUAAACAGGCAGUUUUUUGAUGAACGUUGGUCCAAACAUCGUGUUGUUAGUUGUCUGGAUUGGUCAUCUCAGUACCCAGAAUUGCUCGUGGCCUCCUAUAACAACAAUGAAGAUGCUCCUCAUGAGCCUGAUGGGGUGGCCCUUGUGUGGAAUAUGAAAUACAAAAAAACUACCCCAGAGUAUGUGUUUCACUGCCAGUCAGCUGUAAUGUCGGCUACCUUUGCAAAAUUUCAUCCAAAUCUGGUUGUUGGUGGUACAUAUUCAGGCCAGAUUGUGUUGUGGGAUAAUCGAAGCAAUAAGAGAACCCCGGUCCAGAGAACCCCACUUUCAGCUGCUGCACACACGCACCCUGUGUAUUGUGUGAAUGUAGUUGGAACUCAAAAUGCUCACAAUUUGAUUAGCAUCUCCACUGAUGGAAAAAUUUGCUCAUGGAGUUUGGACAUGCUUUCCCAUCCACAGGAUAGCAUGGAAUUGGUUCAUAAGCAGUCCAAAGCUGUAGCUGUCACUUCUAUGUCCUUCCCUGUUGGAGAUGUCAACAACUUUGUUGUUGGAAGUGAAGAAGGCUCUGUAUACACAGCGUGUCGCCAUGGCAGCAAAGCUGGAAUCAGUGAGAUGUUUGAAGGACACCAAGGACCAAUAACUGGUAUCCACUGCCAUGCAGCAGUCGGAGCUGUCGACUUCUCUCAUCUUUUUGUCACUUCCUCAUUUGACUGGACAGUGAAACUUUGGACAACCAAGAAUAACAAACCUUUGUACUCAUUUGAAGACAAUUCAGAUUAUGUUUAUGAUGUGAUGUGGUCGCCCACCCACCCUGCCCUGUUUGCCUGUGUGGAUGGCAUGGGGAGACUGGAUCUGUGGAAUCUCAACAAUGAUACAGAGGUGCCGACUGCAAGCAUUUCUGUGGAGGGUAAUCCUGCUCUUAAUCGUGUGAGAUGGACACAUUCUGGGAGAGAGAUUGCUGUAGGCGAUUCUGAAGGACAGAUAGUUAUAUAUGACGUGGGAGAGCAAAUCGCUGUUCCCCGCAAUGAUGAAUGGGCUCGAUUUGGGCGAACACUAGCAGAAAUUAACGCAAACCGAGCUGAUGCAGAGGAGGAAGCUGCCACCCGCAUACCUGCUUAAAUGGGCUUUGUGCUAGUAGUGGAUUGGGGACUGAUUCUAAAUAGAAAUUAAAACUCAUAGCAUGCUUCUGUCUAAAGGGAAUUGAAGGGUGAUCUUGUGGAUUAAACGAUGGACUUAAAACACACAUAGCUCUUUAAUGCAAAAAAUUCAUGCAGUGUCACUUUUUAUAUUCAUAUUGUUAUUGGCUUUGUGUAAUUUUUAAUACAAACGACUUUUGCAAUAUGCAGUUUUUUUCUGAAUACUUACACAGGCAUAUAUUUGCUAUAUUAGUAUCUUGAACUUUUUUCAACCUGUAACAGUAUACAGUUAUUUCUGAAAGGUGUAGAUUACAUAAAUUCCACAUAUUUUUCAAUAAUCACUUCUCCAGGUAAACACAAGAUCUGACCACUAAUAUGUAAGAACAUUGUUUAUUGUUAACCAUUAAAAUGCAUGUACCCACUCAAGUUUCAUCUUUUCUGUCCUUUUUCAUAACUGUGCUUCUUUAAAGUAGUGACAGCUGUGGCUACAAAUAAAAGAAUCAGUCUGUCAAA